UAACUCUCCCACAUCAAGCCGUCCGCCUCUGUCUGAUCCCAAACAGAAACAAAAGAUAAGGAUCUCCCCUUAGAUCCCUCAUCCCAGACGCAGACGUCGCCGGCUGCAAGCCCCUCUAUCUCCGAUCUUCAGUUUGAGUUUCCAAGCAUGUUCAGCGAGGAGAACUUCUUUCUUACCAAUGUCUUUCCAUGUGAAAAAGUACCCAUUGAUGCAGUCUCAAGCAACGAGCGUGUUAUCAGAAUACUGCACUUCAAGAUGACCGGAACAUGCAUGGGUGAUGGUAAUAUUGAGUAUACUGAUAUAUGCACUCUAGCAGAUCAUCAACUUCUUGUCGAGGUCCCUGAAUUCGUGCUUUUAUCUAAUAGGAGGAUAUAUGAAGCGUAUUUGGUUGGAGUUCUUGCCAGAAUGAAGGUCCCGAUAGUUGAGCAGCCGCUUAUCAUUGAUAAAGUAUUUACCGAGGUUGAACGAGCUGACAACCCCCAAUGUGCUAUUGCUUGCUUGAUAAAGGAUAUCACCUUAUUUUGUCACACUGUCAAGAUGGCUUAUCGGUCAGAGUGUUUCGAAGAAGUGAGAAUUGAUAGCUUGGAAGAUACUGAAAGACAAAAACAAUGUGUUAUUUGUAGAGAGAGCCUUGAUCACGUUGAGGACAUAGAGGAGGGGAUUGGUCGUAGUCCGUUGGUUCGCUUGCCGUGUUCCCAUCUUUAUCACGGUGAUUGUCUUUCCAAAUGGUUGCCCAUGAGUGCGUUGUGUCCUUUGUGCCGAUACACAUUGCCGGUUGUGGAACAGACGGUGCCGGUUGUGGAACAGACGGUGCCGGUUGUGGAACAGACGGUGCCGGUUGUGGAACAGACGGUGCCGGUUGUGGAGCAGACGGUGCCGGUUGUGGAGCAGACAGCUGAUGAGCCAUCGUGGCCGCAGUUGCAUUGGCCUAUGCUGCUCACAGCAUCUGCAGGUGGUAUAUUAACUGCUAUACUGAUAUGUAGAUUAUUGAAGUAGACCCAAGUGUUAAAUUAUCCGCAGAUUGUCAAUUUCAUCAAAAAUAGAUGAGCAUGGAAUAAAUUAUUGUUUUUAUAUUAGCUCCCUUCUAUUUGGCUUGUAAUGGAUAAUGAGUAACAAUAAUAUACUCUUGUUAUAUUUAGUGCA